AAUGCAAGUACUUAACCACUGAGCCAUGGGACUGAACUGUAUAUUUAUACCGUACAGGCAUUCAUUUUAUAUGUAUGUGCUGUUACUGUUAUGCCAGAAGGUUGAAUCAUUAUUUUGAAAUUAAAGACAUAAUAAGCGUACAGUCUAAACAAAAUUAAUUAAAAUAAUUCAGCAGAAAGUUUUGACAGACCAAGAAAUGCUAUGCAUCCAAAAUAUACAUAAACAUUAUUUUGUAUAUUUAUUGUUUACAGUUACAACAACCCCAGCACCUUCUACAACAUUCAGCCCAACAUUGAACAAUAAUACAACAGCUGCAUAUGUUGGAUCUACUGCUUAUAAAACAACAACAACAUACACAACAUCUCUACCAACCGAUACCGACACCACAUUUGUUACAAGGACAACAAACACACCAAUCACAUCCCCACACAACACAGGAAUAUCUACAGAGCUACUGAUUAUUAUUCUUUUACUUGUUGGGAUAUUUGUGCUUGUAGUUAUAAGCUCUUUGAUGAUCAUGAUUAAACGAAGAAGAAGUCGGCGUGGACGGAUAUUUGUCACUGAAGCUUUGCAACAAAGCACGAGGGAGAGAGAGGUUGAGAUAAGGUUGCAACGAGACACGGGGUCAACCAUGGAUGAAAAUCUGAUCGAACAAACCAAUAAUCUCGUUGAAAUAACCUCAGAAAACGCAUCAAUUGAAGGAAACAGGGAAAGCCAGUACCACGAAGCGAGCCUUUCAACCCAGUAUAACAAUGCAACUUAUGAUCAAGUGAAUGAAGUUGUGGAUGACGAUGACUAUGUUGCUAUUUAUAGCACUUCCAAGAAAGUGAUGAACAGAAAUAAAACACCUUGAAUAAGGUCCUUAUAGGUCUAUGAUGAUAAAAUGGAAGAUACCAUGUUUGGUAAAAGUUACUAAACUGAUAUGGAAGCAAAUUUGUGCAAUGGUUGUGUUUAAUAAAUAAAACCUUAUUUCUGUAAAGAAUAAGUUUA